AUGAUGUUUACUCGCAAGUACUUGACUUCCUCGCUCGCUGCACUUAAAGUUACGGACUCGGCUCGUGCUCGCAUACUUAAAGCCGGAGGCGAGGUGAUCACAUUCGAUCAGUUGGCCCUUCGUGCCCCUAAGGGAGAGAACACUCUACUGAUCCAAGUAAGUGUCAAAGAAACAUUACUUCUUUCCGGUUUUUUUCUUUGCAUCUAGCA